CUAGAUCGCAAUAGAAAAUAUAGAUGUUCUUACAAAAAUAUCAUUUUGCACUACCAAAGCUUGCAAACUUAUCUUCUUUGCAAGAUGAUAAUUAUUUGUAAAAAUUUCGGCAUACGUUUGCUUUAAACGUGAGCCAUGAGUGAAAUAGCAUUCUGGUGCAAUACUAUAUCAUAUUGAUUUUGUGAAAGUAUCUUGUUGCGUGCGUAGUGAAAAAAUAUGCCACGAUUUUAGCCGAGUGGACCUUUUGUUAGAUGUCUAUUCUGUACGAUGAGCUUAUUUAAAGUUUUAACUCGUAUCCUUUGUCAGCAACUGGUGUCCGCUAAACUCCAAACUUCACUUGAUACUUGACCAAUGAGAAAACGGAUAUCGUGGCAUUUCAAUCGCCUGUUCACGGAUGACAACUUGCGGCAAGUUACUUGCUCAUGUUGCUUACUUAUCUUCAGUCGCACACAGUCGCAAGUCGUGUUUUCGUUGUUUAAUUUGUAAAAAAUUACUUGUUGUUCAGUCUCAAUAAAUCGUGAUUUAUGUCAAAAAUAGACAUUUUAACCUCUUGCACUAAGGAUGCUACAGAAAAACCGACUGUGCAUCUUUUACCGUGCAAAAUAGAGCACAAUGGCGAGGCUGAAGUCGACGAAUAUUUUCAAAGUUGUAUUAAGGACGAUGGAAACGGAAUGAAGAAAGUUUCAUUUCGUGGCCGAAUGUUAAAGGGUGAGAUAUUUGCUAUACCAGAUGGAUACAGUGGCUAUCUUCUCAGGGAAAAUCGUAAACCUGUCACUGAUGACCAGGAUAGAUCUUUUCGAGCUAUAAAAAGAUUUUCUGAAUUCACACAUUGGAAUCUUGAGGAUAGGCCUUGUUUAAAUGACAAGAUCAGAAAGGCAAUGCAAUGGAUUUACAUUUCUUCAGCGAUUCAUCAACCUGUGAAGACUGAAACUGUUAUGGCAGAAAUUACAUGACAAUGGCAACCCGCUUGUCUUAUGUUCUGCUGAAAGCCUAACACACCAUUCUUACGCGCAUCACUGUCGACACAUUUUCCCUGUACGCAAAUCUUCGUGACUUCAUCAUCACGUGAAACGUUUCAAUAUUUUCACACCCAAUAACAUUAUCUUUUUAUUUGGGUUUAGCUGCUUAAUAACCGUUUAUAGAGUUAAAUGAGUUUUCUCUGCAAUGAUGAAAGGUCUUAAAAAAGUAAUCAUUGAAAUUAAACGGAACGAUAUCUUAGUUUAAGAUGAAAA